CCGUUUCUUCGCAGCAACACAUGGGCCAGAAGCUAAAGAUUUUGAAAAACACUUUGCUUUAUCCCCAAACAAACUCCCUCCAUUACUCCGUCCAAUGGCGCUUCUCCUUUGCUGCAACGCGAGGUUAAACCCUUGCCGUCGUUCUUCGUCUCAUUACGAGGGGCGGUUCCAUUUCGUUAACCGUCGGACUCUCCGAUUUUCGAGGAGAGGUGAGGUCUCGAUUUGUUCCAGGAGGAUAAGCCUUCGGUUACCUCCUCUGAAAUCGUCGUCUUCGGUUAACGGAUUCCCGCUAGAGACGAAUCUAGAACACUUUAAGGAAGAGCAUACGGUAGAGAGUGUGGAGUUGCGAGAGAGAAUCCGGAAAUGGAUCGAUUUUCUCCGAUCUGUGUUGCCAGGAGGGAGCUGGUGGAACUUCUCCGAUGAAGUGGAGGUCAAUUUAGUGGCUAAACCGGUGACGGUUUGGCGGGCUCUUGGUCGAAUGUGGCAAUUGAUUGCUAAUGAUCGUUUGGUUAUUUUCGCUGCUUUUUCUACCCUGAUUGUGGCUGCUCUUUCGGAAAUAUCUAUUCCACAUUACUUGACGGCAUCCAUAUUUUCGGCACAGACUCGUGAAAUAGCGACGUUCCAUAUGAAUGUACGCCAUCUGAUUAUGAUGUGUGUUAUCGCAGGAAUAUGCAGUGGUCUGCGAGGAUGCUUCUUUGGCAUUGCAAAUAUGAUCCUGGUUAAGCGAAUGAGAGAAACACUGUAUUCUGCUCUUCUUCUUCAGGAUAUAUCCUUUUUUGAUGGUGAAACAGUUGGUGAUUUGACAAGUAGGCUUGGUUCAGAUUGUCAACAAGUGUCACGUGUGAUUGGGAAUGAUCUUAAUCUGAUUUUGCGAAAUGUUCUUCAGGGGACAGGUGCCUUGAUCUACUUGCUGGUUUUGUCAUGGCCACUUGGUUUAUGUACAUUGGUGAUAUGCUGUAGUCUAGCAGCAGUUAUGACGGUUUAUGGACUGUACCAGAAAAAGACAGCAAAAAUGAUCCAAGAAUUUGGUGCUUCUGCCAAUGAGGUGGCUCAAGAGACAUUAUCCUUAAUGAGAACUGUUCGUGUUUAUGGAACAGAGAAGCAAGAAAUGAAAAGGUACAAUCAUUUUCUGGAUAAACUGGCUGAGAUAAGCUUUCGGCAAAGUGCUGCCUAUGGAAUUUGGAAUCUAACCUUCAACACUCUUUACCAUGCAACUCAGGUUAUUGCUGUGCUGGUUGGAGGGAUGUAUAUUCUUGGAGGUCAUAUAACAGCAGAGAAACUUACAAAGUUUAUAUUAUACAGUGAAUGGCUAAUCUAUUCAACAUGGUGGAUUGGGGAUAAUGUAUCAUCAUUGAUGCAAUCUGUUGGAGCAAGUGAAAAGGUCUUCCAAUUGAUGGAUCUUAUGCCUAGUGAUCAAUUCAUAUCCAAAGGAAUGACACUGCAAAAGCUGCUGGGAUUUAUAGAAUUUGUAAAUGUUUCUUUUCAAUAUCCUUCAAGAUCAAUGGUACCAGUCCUGCAGCAUAUAAAUUUAUCGGUUCAUCCUGGUGAAGUGGUUGCACUAGUUGGUCUCAGUGGUAGUGGGAAAAGCACGAUAGUGAAUCUUUUGCUUCGUCUCUAUGAGCCAACAAAUGGUCAGAUCUUAAUUGAUGGCGUCCCCCUCAAUGAACUGGACAUCAAGUGGUUGAGGGGAAAAAUAGGAUAUGUGGGACAGGAACCAAAACUUUUCCGCAUGGACAUCAGUUCAAACAUUAAAUACGGAUGUACCAGAAACAUAAAGCAAGAGGAUGUUGAAUGGGCUGCCAAGCAGGCAUAUGCCCAUGACUUCAUCACAUUACUUCCCGAUGGGUAUAACACACUUGUCGAUGAUGACUUGCUCAGUGGGGGACAAAAGCAGAGAAUUGCCAUUGCUCGAGCCAUUCUUAGAGACCCUACAAUUCUCAUCCUUGAUGAAGCAACCAGUGCACUGGAUGCAGAGAGUGAGCACAAUGUUAAGGGCGUUCUUCGUUCUGUCAGAAGUGAUUUGUCAUCCAGAAGAACCAUCAUAGUAAUUGCACACCGACUUUCUACAAUUCAAGCUGCUGACAGAAUCGUGGUGAUGAAUUGUGGUCAAAUUGUCGAGAUGGGCAGCCAUAAUGAGCUUCUUCAUAAAGAUGGUCUAUAUGCUAGGUUGACAAGAAGACAGACCGAUGCCGUAGUAUGAUGGUCUUGUGUAAAUUGGUGUAUCGUUGUUAAUCUCGGUUCAAGUAUCCUUCAAUUUUUAUCUCGACCGAUAUUGCGUCAGAUAUCAAAGCAGCUUUUCACAGCUGACCAAUGUGUAUAUUCAUCCAACAAGAAUUCAUUGCCCCUCUUGGAACCAGAAGGAGAGGGUUACCAACAAAACAAAAGCAUCACUCGGUGGUUUUCUUUAUGCUACCUCAACCGGCAACCUGUGGUUUGAACGGUAUGCGAACCGAUCUUUGAGUUUUUAAUUUUUAUUAAGCAGAACUGUACUAUGAAGGCAUGAGUUUUGAGAUAGAAUUAUAAUAAAGAUUCAAGAAAGAAAAGGUAGUGUCAAUUAGAUAUAGAAUGUACUGAUAAAAGCACCAGAGUCGACCCAUCAACACCAUGCUUAUACAAUUAUAAUGUUAUAAGCCAUGUAAUUUUGAUGAUAAAUUCUUAUCACGAUUCAGAAUUUAUGAACAUUUCUUGAGCUCCUUUA